AUGCAUGCUUUCUUGGAGAGUUCUAAGUGGUUCAUCGCUAUUCUCAACCGCAUGAUAGCUAAUAGUGAAUCCAGGGAUUUGAUCUUCAACGAUAACCUAUGCCACGGAAUAGCUCUAUUCCUAUCCGACCGCAGGCAGAGAACGAGUGGCACAUGUCUAGAAACAGUUGUAAUAUCCGCUGGAUAA